AUGAAGGCUGCAAAGCUGCCUGUGGAAGCAUACUGUGCAAAGAGAUGUGAACUCUACAAGGAAUUUGUAGAGUUUACGGAUUCUGACAGCCUGAAACUGCUUAGAUAUUGCAGCACCAGAUGGCUCAGUCUGCUGAGCUGUAUAGAGAGGGUUCUCAACCAGUGGGCUGCUCUUCAGGCAUAUUUUAACAGUCACGAGGGGUUGGAGACGAACACCAAAAUUAGGGAUCUGUCAAAACAUCUCAACGAUCCAUUGAUCAAGGCGUACUUCAAGUUCCUCAGUGUUGCCCUUAAGCCUCUAUCAGACUUUAAUAUUGCCUUUCAGUCAGAGCAAGUACAGAUACACAAGCUGGACAAAGAGAUGACCAGGCUUAUCAAGCGGAUGCUGGGGUGCCUUGUUCCAGCAAAGGCGAUUAUGGAUGUCCCUCUCAAAGAAGUGAACUUUGGAGAGGGACAUCAAUUGGCAGACGAGGACCUCUUCAUUGGAGGGGACACAAAGGCGUUCAUUAGAACUGCAGAGUUCCCUGUUCCAACUAAGAACAAAUUCUUUCAAACUGUGAGAGCUUUCUACGAAGCAGUUUUGCGCAAGAUGUUUGCCUGUUUUCCAAUCGAUUCCCAGCUACUGAAGGACUUGAGAAUACUAGACCCUGGAUCUCGAAUGGAGAUAAGUCCAGACACUGGUAGGGAUAACAUGUAUUUUGUAUGGUAAAUCUGUGAUGAGUGAAGGGUAAUUUCUAAAUGUUUUUAACUAAGAAAUCAGAGAUAGUAAGCUGGCAGGAUCUACCUUGAGGGUUAUGAUAAAUUAAUUUGUUUUCUUUCUCAGUGUCGAGGCUAGGUGCCCUGUUCCCACAGUUUCUCAUGAAUGAGGAUAGGCUCAGAGAGGAGCUAAUUGAUUUCCAAGUCACUGAUAGCAAAGAUCUCCCACAAGAACCAAGAAUAGACAGGUUCUGGGGCCUUGUAGGAAAGAAUGACAGCUUCACUGAGUUGGCGAGACUUGCAAAGACACUGUUAUGUAUACCACACAGUAACGCAAGCUCAGAAAGGGCGUUUAGCAUGGUGAGCAAGAUUGUUACAUCCAACCGAAUGGCACUGGAUUCCAGCACUGUGUGUGCUUUGCUAUCUUGUAAAAUAAAUCACACUGGUCAGGUUCACCUAUACACUCCCUCACAGAAAGUGUUAAGAAAUGCAAAAUCAGCCACAUAUGUAUACAAUAGGGCUCAUGCUUCACACCAGGAAGGGUGACAAGGUUGUCUUUACUGUCUCUAUCCAUUUGUUCAACUGCCUCUUACACACAUUCUUUCUGUCUAUCUGCCUCUUUCUCUGUUUCUUUCUCACUCUGUCUCACAAAAUUAAGCUAAAACACGUUGUAGCAAAUUAAAAUGUUUAAGUAAUGUUUACCUUGUUCAUAA